AUGGUUGUUUCAGCUCGGAUUUGGCUGUACCGGGACCUGACCACACACCCGGUGCUCCAGUACAUCGCCUGGGUCACUCUACCCAUCAGCCUGAUUCUCUUCUCAGCCGGUUUCGUACACAUCGUCUCCAAAUCGGCAGUCGGGUCCGGCAUUCCGGAGAUGAAGACAAUUUUGCGCGGCGUUCCUCUUGAUGAAUAUCUCACGUUUCGCACGCUGGUGGCCAAAGUAGUGGGUCUGACAGCCUGUCUGGGCUCCGGAAUACCGCUAGGAAAGGAGGGUCCGUUCGUCCACAUCGCCAGCAUCGUGGCCACCCUGCUCACCCGCAUGGUAACCUCCUUCAAAGGAAUCUACGAGAACGAGAGCAGGAACAGCGAGAUGCUGGCGGCGGCCUGCGCCGUGGGCGUGGCCUGCAGCUUCGCGGCUCCAAUCGGAGGUGUGUUGUUCAGCAUAGAAGUCACAUCAGUGUACUUUGCCGUUCGAAACUACUGGCGCGGAUUCUUCGCUGCCGUGUGCGGGGCAAUGGUGUUCCGACUGCUGGCUGUAUGGUUCGAGGAUGAAGAAACGAUAACUGCCUUAUUCAAGACGGAUUUCAAGGUGGAUUUCCCAUUCGAUCCACAAGAGCUAUUCGUAUUUGCUUUAAUUGGGGCUGUGGCCGGGUUCGCUGGUGCUUUCUUCGUGUGGCUGCAUAGGAGAUACGUCGUCUUCAUGAGAAGUAAUUCGUGUAUGAAGAGCUUCUUGUCCAGGAACCGGUUCCUGUACCCGUUUCUGGUAGCACUGUUGAUCUCAUCCACGACGUUCCCGCUGGGGCUGGGACAGUUUUUGGCAGCGGACCAGACCACUCACGAUCAGGUGCUGGAGCUGUUUGCCAACUUCACCUGGUCCUCAAGUGAUCUCACGGUGGACGAGGCUGAGGCGGUGAAUCACUGGACGAACCCGUACACCAGCUUCUACGCCAACCUCUGCAUCUACAUUCUAGUCACGUUUGGCAUGUGCGUGGUGGCCUCAACGCUGCCAGUACCCUCGGGCAUCUUCAUCCCGGUGUUCAAGAUGGGUGCGGCAUUCGGCCGUCUGGUUGGCGAACUGCUGGCUAUGUGGUUUCCACAGGGGGUGCGCUACGGCGGACACAUCUCACCGAUCCGGCCAGGGGGCUACUCGAUCGUGGGCGCGGCGGCUCUGGCCGGCUCCGUCACGCACACCAUCUCUACCUCAGUGAUUGUGUUCGAGCUCACCGGACAGAUCACUCACAUCCUUCCAGUCAUGAUUGCUGUUCUGAUUGCGAACGCCGUAUCGCAGCUUCUGCAGCCGUCCAUUUACGACAGCAUCAUCCAGAUAAAGAAGCUGCCCUACCUGCCAGACAUUCUCACCUCCACCAAUGCCUACUCCAUAUACGUGGAAGACAUAAUGGUGCGUGAGGUGAAGUACAUCUGGCACGGCAUCAGUCACCGGCAGCUGCGGCAAGUGCUGAGGGAAAACAAGAAACUGAGCAGCGUGCCGCUGGUCGAUUCUCACGAGUCGAUGAUUCUCCUGGGGAGCAUCAAACGGAAACAUCUGGUUCUGCUGCUGGAGAAACAUCUGGGCCGGGACCGCAGGAUGGAGGUGGUCACUCGCUGGCAGAGAGCAGCACAAAAGGUGCGUCUGAGCCGGCCCAACCGCAACUGGAAGGACCUGGUGGCACUGGCCACCCUCGAGCGCCGCGAGGAGCUGCGCCGCGAACACGAGGCUGCCGAGGCGGCCGACGUGGCCGCCUGCCCCGAGCCGCCCGCCGAGGAGGAGCCCUCCGUGGUAGAGGUAUCCGGAGCGCGACUCGCCUGUCCUUCAGAUGACGAGCGCGAGGCGGAGGAGGAGCCGGUGCCGGUCAGGAGGACGUCCAGGUUCGCCGUGACGCCCGUGAAGCUGCCGUCGCUGCGGCUGUCUGGUGCUGAGGCAGAGGAGAAGGAGUCAGACCAGGAGGCAGGUGUCGUCAGACCGUCGAGUCCGACGCCGUCCGACGCGGCGGCCGGCCGUCGGCCGCUCAAGCCCAUCCUGAAGAAGACCAACUCGUUUCGACUGUCCCCGAGCAGCCGCGAGGCCGGCCACGUGCCAACGCCCUACGCCACUGUCACCGGCGGCACGGGAGAUAGCAGGAUGCAGACGGCGCUGGACCAUGUUCUGCAAUCAGCACCCUCAGCCGACGGGAAGAAGGCGGCCAGCAGCGGCGAUAGUCCCGACGAAAACUGCGCGCGCGAGGAAAAUCCGCCACGGUCGCGGCUAACUCCGACGGAGAAACGCGUCACCCUGCCGGUCGAGAGAGUAAUCGACAUGUCCUACGAAGACCAGAAACUCUGGGAGGAAGAGGAAUUGGACAAGGAGGUCAACUUUGAAGAUUGCAAAAUAGAUCCGGCCCCGUUCCAGCUAGUGGAGCGCACCUCACUGCUGAAGGUGCACUCGCUAUUCUCAAUGCUGGGACUGAACCAUGCCUAUGUCACAGCCAUCGGCCGCCUUAUAGGAGUCGUCGCCCUCAAAGAGCUGAGACAAGCCAUCCAGCGAGCGAACCACUUCAGUCCUGACGAGGACGUGGAGUCCGACUCGGCGAGCUCGGCAGCCAGCAGCGUGUCUCACCUCGGCCUCUUACCCCGGGCUGUCACCGAGCAGGACGCCCCUUCUCACCGUCUUACCGAGGACAGGGGCGCCCCUUCUCGCCGUCUUACCGAGGACAGGGGCGCUCCAACUCGGAUCCCCAACUCCGUGAAAACUUGAUCUCGACUCAGGCCACUCAAAAGCAUGUUGAACUGUUUAAGCAGUGUAUUCACAGACUCCAUAAGAGACACUGGAUGGACUCGGUGAUCGAGUCGGCGUCUGUAUCUACGCGUGUGUAGAACUGGGGAUAUUCAGUAAAUGCUCAAAUGAUGAUACGCAAGUUAGCGUUCAUCGAAUUGGAGUGAAUGAUUGUUUUAUGCUUGUGCUCCUCAGAGUUCGUGAGAGUGCGUAUUUGUUUGGAGUGAAGUGUGUCUUGAAAGAUUUUAAACUUUUCUUCGACGGUGGUAUGCGUCUAUCGGUAUAUAACAAAAUAUAGUGUACGGUAUGUGCUUUCCAACUUCUAAUUGCCGCUUGCAUCUGUAUCUAGAUCCGCGCACCUUUAUCGAAAUGAUGUUAAUCAGCACCCGACUUGCUUAGGUAGAAGGUGGCAUUUGAAAGAGUUAUUGUGUAUAGUGGUAAUUUGUUUCUUACUUCUUAUCAAUAUGCUGCCUUCCAAUGGUUUGGCUGGGCUAAUCAUGACAAUUUUAUUCGACAGCUUGUGGACAACGGCAAUUGAUUGUAGUGCCUUCCUAAUGAAAAGCAAUUGCAAACUACAUCAGAAGUCAGUAGUCACAUGAAUUCCCAGUUCAGUGUGGACUGGUUACAUGAAUGGCUCAUGAUUUGUCCGGGCUGCGUGCACACAUAUAAGGAAAUUUAGCCAGACGGUUUCAUUUUCAUUUCACAUCCAACGUGGUUUCACAUAAUCGCUCUCAAUCCUUCCACCCCACCUGUCUUUUAUCGUCGUAUCAUGAUGAAGCUACUCUGAACCCCGUUCAGUCUUCUUCAACAUUCCAUUCAUCACCAUCGGUCGUCAAGGCGUCACCCAGCCAAUCAUUUUGUUCCCCACAAGGCACAAGCUCGCUCAGAGGUGGGCAUGGGCCGAUUAGGCGCGUCUCCAGGGCCUCCUCAGGGACUGCGGGCUUCUCUAGAGCGCCCUUAGGAACUGCGGGCAUUUCUAGAGUGCUCUCCGGGACUCCGGGCAUUUCUAGAGUGCCCUCAGGGACUGCGGGCAUUUCUAGAGUACCCUCCGGGACUCCAGGCAUUUCUGGAGUGCCCUCAGGAACUGCGGGCUUCUCUAGAGCGCCCUCAGAAACUGCGGGCAUUUCUAGAGUGCCCUCAGGGACUGCGGGCUUCUCUAGAGCGCCCUCAGGAACUGCGGGCAUUUCUAGAGUGCCCUCCAGGACUCCGGGCAUUUCUAGAGUGCCCUCAGGAACUGCGGCGUGUCUGGGGCGUUCAUAGGCACUGUGGGCGUCUUUGAGGCGCCCUCAGGGGGUGAGUGUCUCAGUGCGGUCGCAGGAACUGAAAGCGUCUUAAGGUCGCCUUUAGGGAUUUCAGGUGUCUUCGUGGUGUUUGCAGGGACUGCGGAAGUCUCUAGAACGCCCUCAUGAACUGCGACAGUAUCUAGGGCUCCCUCAAGAGACUCGGGUUGACUCUAGAGCGGCGCCCUCAGGACUUGCGGGCCAAUGUCACAGCUGACACAGUAUGCCGCUACGACCGCUGUCGAGAGACACGGGCCUGACACGGGCGUCUCUGGUACGAGCCUUGUAUGGUAUGGCUGCACCGGUUUCUGUCGGACUCCAUCCGUUACUGGGGCCCUAGAGAGGAGAAGUGAGACGGCAGAAAAACAGAUCACCGUCCGCCGCGGCGGACGCUCCGAGCCGCUCUACUGUCGGCUCGACCUCCGAUGUCAUCCGGCGGAGUUAUGGGUUGGAGAAGAAAUUCCUGUUGGCGAUGUUUUGGGGAUAAAGAGAGCACACCUACCAUAGCCACCCGACAGAUCCUGGUUUUUGAUAGUGCCUGUGUUAUGUGUCAUUUUAUGUUGCUUCAAAGGAUUGUCUUUUUCGGCAUGGGCAUUGGGUAAGGACUAAGGAGUAAGGGAACAUUGGGAUAUAGGGUUUCGCCAAGGGGUCACUGCAACUUAUAAUCACUGUAUUUACGGCAUGUGGUCAUUUUUCGGUCGAUCGAUUCGUGCCACUCAGUCGCAACAUGCAUAGAUAUUAUAUCUCUCAACAUUUACACAAGCGCAGUCGCCAAACUACAUAGAGUAUGCGAUUGUGUUUCGUUAUUCCUAUAUGUGAAUGUGAUGACAAAUUUGUUCAGUGUGCUGCAAGAGGCAGUAGUUAUCUCAAAACUUAUCACGCAUUUGUCCACUAUCGUCAUUGUAAAUAUAACCAUAAAACAUGCGCGUAUAUAUGUAUGGUGCGUGAACUGUUGACUCACCUUCGUUUAAUAUGUCUAAAUAUAUAGAUUGCGAAAUCGUG